CAUAAAAUCACUCGAUUUGCAAUCGAGACUUCGGCUGGUAUUGUAACUGAAAUAGGAUUUAAAAAAAAAUGUUUCUUCGCUUCCUGUUUCCGCUCAUGUUUUUCGUCUAUGUUGAAACUGAUCAGGCCGUUGAAAAUAACCGCAUGGUGGGAGUUGAUACCGUUCACGAUAUUAAAAUCGAUAAAGAUACAAUUAUAACCAGAAACAUGAAUUUGAAGAAGAAAAAUGAAAAAUCUUCAGAAGCACAAAUCGAGCAAAAAAAUGUCAGUCCCGACUGGUCGUACAGCUCUUUCCCGGAAGAUGUUAAAAAACAUGUAGAUCAAUUCAAACGUAACAUGUCAGAAUGUCUGAAAGAAGUUCAUGCUAGUGAUAAGAGACCCGUAAAAAGACUUUCUCCCAAGAAGGAGUCACCUGUUCAUGGAGAUUGCUUGAUCGCCUGCGUUCUUAAACGCAACAGCGUCAUAGAAAACGGAAAGAUUCACAAAGAAAACCUUAUAGCACUGGUGAAGAAAUUUUAUGAAAAAGAUGAAAAGUUGAUGAAGAAACUGGAAAGAAAUCUUGACCGAUGUAUUGAGACGAGUGCUCGCGACAAAGACGACUGCGCCAUAGCAGCGCGUCUGAACGAGUGUACUAAUGAUAUAAUGACAAGUAAUAAACACAAAAUUGUUGUUAAUUAUUAAAUAAAAAUUUCGUCCUAA